AUGUAUUAUUCUGGCACUACAGCGUCUCCUUCACGUUCCCACUCUCUCUCUAACGACCCAGCUCCUCCAUGGUCUCGAGGUCCCCAUCCGGUGCUUGCUCCCGGUAGCGCACAGCACGCCCAAGCCGUGCCUCAAGGACCUCAGUCACCUGGUUACCUUGUUCAGUACGCCAAUGGACACCACGCGCAACACCCCCUGCCUCACCAGCAUCCCCACCAGCCUCCUCACCAGCACCAAAUUCAGCAUCACCAACACCCCCACCAACACCCCCAUAGCCAGCAUCAGCACCAGAACUCUCUCUCUGGCUACCACUCCCCCGGCAGCGUCCACGCCCAAUCCACGGGAAGAUCCACUACCCCUGGUGCCCCCAAUGGUCCUCCAGUCAUUAUCCCUCCCCAUUGGCAGCAGCAGCUCCAUCGUGCAGAGCUCUGUAGACAAGCCUCGGCCCCCCACCACAGAGCCCGCGCCGCGGCCCUCGCUUCCCGCACAUCGGCCAAGUCUGCCAUUCCUAUCACCGCUCCUGUCAACGUAGCUGCCCCCAAGCCUGUGCAGGCCGAUGCUACCAAUGGCACUCAUCAGCGAGCAGGCAGUGUUUCGGAACGAACCGAUACAAGCGAAGACAGGGCUUCUUCGGCUGCCAACGGUCACCCCUCUGCCAAUACUGCACCAGUCGUCAAUCCUCCCCGGCCGUCGGCUGAGCGUAAACCCGCCAGCACGUGGACCACACUCGAUAUGGGUGGUAUGCGCCUCAAGAAUAUCUCCCAGUCUCUAUUCACGCUCGACUACCUCACCACACUUUACAUCAACCACAAUCAACUCACCUCCAUCCCGCCGGAAAUCUCGCGUCUCCGUCAUCUCAUCCUCCUUGAUAUUUCCUCCAACCAGCUUGUGUCUCUUCCUCCCGAACUCGGUAUGUUGUCCUCGUUGCGUGAGCUUCACGCAUUCGACAACAGGCUCGAGAACAUACCGCCCGAGUUUGGGACGCUCCAUCAGCUCGAGAUGCUUGGCCUUGAAGGAAACCCACUCCAGCCAUCACUCCGUAUAAUCUUGCAAAAGGAUGGCACCCCGGCCCUCAUUUCCUACUUGCGCGAUUCGUGUCCAGUUCCCGCUCCUCCGCCCGAACGGCAAUGGCGCGUUCUCCUUCCCGACGACCCCGAGCCCGGAACCGAGACAUUUAGCGUCAUUUCUUACAAUAUCCUCUGCGAAAAGUACGCUACGUCAACGAUGUAUGGAUACACUCCAUCCUGGGCACUGAAUUGGUCCUACCGAAAAGAGUUGAUCCUGGCCGAGAUCCAAAAUUAUGGCGCAGAUUUCAUCUGUUUGCAGGAAGUAGACGUUGCUCAGUAUGAGGACUACUUCUUCAAGAAACUCGGUGAAGCUGGCUAUUCAGGUGUCUUUUCGCCCAAGUCUCGUGUGCGAACCAUGAGCGAGACCGAAAGAAGACGCGUCGACGGCUGCGCUAUUUUCUUCCUCUCGGAAAAGUACACCCUAAUCGAACACCACCUCAUUGAGUUUGCCCAAGCGGCACAUACCCGCCCUGCGCUGCGCUCAACGGAAGACUGGUUCAAUCGCGUCCAAAACAAGGAUCAUAUCGCAGUCGCCGCAACCCUUGUCUCGCGCGCGACUGGAACUCGCCUCAUUAUUGCCAAUGCCCACCUCUUCUGGGACCCCGAAUUCCGAGACGUCAAACUAGUUCAGUCUGCGAUUCUCAUGGACAGCUUGAAAGUCAUUGCCGACGAUUUUGCGGAUAUGGAGGUUGCGGGCGGACAGAAGAACAGAUAUUCCAAGGGCACCCAAAUCCCGCUCAUUGUGUGUGGAGACUUUAACUCUGCGCCUGAAGAUAGUGGAGUGUCCGAGUUCUUGUCCAAGGGACACGUGUCUGGUUCGCACCCCGAUUUCAUGGGCCACCAAUACGGGCCUUAUACGAGCGAAGGCCCGCGUCAUCCGUUUGAACUGCGCAGUGCAUAUGCCGGAAUAGGAGAACUCCCAAUGACGAACUAUGUGCCCAGUUUCCAGGGCGCGAUUGAUUACAUCUGGUACGGAACUGAGAACGUGGAUGUUGCUGCCGUGCUCGGAGAGGUGGACAAGAACUAUCUUAGCAAGGUUGUAGGGUUCCCGAAUGCUCAUUUCCCUUCAGACCACGUUCUCAUCUCGGCUGAAUUCCGUAUCCUCCCAACGAAAGAGGCCAAACCCUCCAAGUCGACUCGUAAACGGUAA